UUGUGAGCAGUUGAUUUAGCAUAAACGAUGAUUUACAUUAUAAUACUUUAUCUGUAUUAUUAAAAAAUUAAGUGAUAACUCCCUCUCUUUAACAAAACAGUCGAGCGCGCAGUAGUCAUCUGUACGUAUAGUUUCUGUCGGCUAAUGACAGAUGCGUGUUGGAGCCUACAGCGUGUACAAGAACCUACAACUAACCCUGAUUUGCGCUCGUCCGUUCAUCUACAGACGUGUCCCUGAAACGCACAUUUUACAACGCAAUUCUUCAUCGAAUAACUUCAUAUUAGCAUUUAACAUUUAACAUUUGGGUAUUACAAAUUAUCAUUUAUUUUUCGGGUUAUUCUGAAUGAACUUACGAAGAUUUAUGAUGAUUGAUAACAUAAGAGAGCAAUGACGUCGAGUGACAUCGUGAUAGGAAUUUUAAAGUGUGUAUUUUAUUGUUAUAAAACAGACUGAAACCAUUUUUUAUCUAAACAUCACGUUUAAUUGAAUAAAUAUUACAUUUUUAAAUGCAUUCCAGUGUAUUUUGUGUCAUAAUUUCGAGUGUUAUUGAGUAAACAGUUGGGCUAUUACUUGUAGUGCAGCACUUGCAGAUAGAAAUAGUUAUAAAAAGUGUCAACAACGAUUGUGAAUAAUUUAUUUAUUGCCAGUCAAUCAACUAAUGCCUGAUUUGGCUACAAAGCAUUUUAGAAGAAGUCUGUUUCGACCAAAUUGUCACGUGGUUCAACUUGGCAAGCACCGUGAUCUAGUGAUCAAGUACAGACGAACUCACCUAACCUGAUCAUACUCUUACUCUUGGGUGAGUUAAAAGAAGGUUUCGUCUGGCUUCCAAGUCUUAAAGAGUUAGCGAAGUAUCAGUAGAAGUUAUUGUGAAAGAAAGCGCCAGUUAAGAAGACCUACUUACAAAACCAUAAGCUGGAAAAAACUUGGUGUGAUUACAUCGACUAAUCGUAUUCAAGUUCCACCAGAAGAUUGCAUAAAAUUAUCAUCAUGAUUGUAGACGAGAAACUAGAAAUGGAAGGAUUCUGGAUAAAUGGAGUGAUCACUGCAAUAAAAGCCCUUUCUUACGUGUACGAUUUAUUGACAUUCCCUGUAUAUCUUAUUCUUCAACGACCAUGGGAAAAAAGAAAACUAUCAAGAAGAGUCAAAGCUAAGGUUAUUGCAAAAGAUGACCGCUCCAUAGUGUAUAGAAAUGUUGAUGAACCUGGUCCAAUGCAUGUGACAUUAGAUCGACUUAAAAUUGACACACUAGAGAAAGUGCUACGUUUUGCAGCUGAUACUCAUGGAGACAAAAAAUGUCUGGGUACUAGACAAAUUCUUGCUGAAGAAAAUGAACUUCAACCUAAUGGAAGAAUAUUUAAAAAGUACAAGAUGGGUGAUUAUAAGUGGAAGAGUUUCAAAGAUGUAGAAAAAUUGGCUACUUCUUUUGGACGAGGUUUAGGAGAGCUGACAAAAAAAAAGAAUAUAGCUAUUUUUGCUGAAACAAGAGCAGAAUGGAUGAUUGCAGCUCAUGGAGCUUUUAAGAAAAAUUUUUCUGUAGUUACUAUUUAUGCAACAUUGGGAGAUGAAGCUAUUGCUCAUGGUAUCAAUGAAACUGAAGUUGAUACAGUUAUUACGAGUCAUGAAUUAUUACCAAAGUUUAAGCACCUAUUGUCGUCAACGCCUGAAGUGAAAUGUCUUAUUUACAUGGAAGAUCAGUUAGUAUCAACUGACAUAAAUGGGUACAAAGAAGGAGUCAAACUUAUCCGAUUUUCGGAUGUUAUUCAGACGGGUAGUUCGUCACAAGUUGAACUUGAAUCUCCUAAGACUGAUGAUACAGCUAUAAUUAUGUACACUUCCGGAUCUACUGGAGUUCCUAAAGGAGUCAUGUUGUCACAUAAGAAUAUUCUUGCUAGUUUAAAAGCAUUUUGUACUGCUACUGAGACGAAGAGUGAUGAUGUUUUAUUAGGAUUUUUACCAUUGGCUCAUGUGUUUGAAUUACUUACUGAGACUGUUGCCAUUCUAGAAGGUAUCCCAAUCGGAUAUAGUUCACCUUUAACCAUGAUUGAUUCAAGUAGUAAAAUUCAGAGAGGUUGUAAAGGUGAUGCCUCUGUUUUGCGACCUACUUGUAUGACAGCUGUUCCACUCAUUCUCGAUCGCAUUUCUAAAGGCAUCAAUGAAAAAGUUAAAAAGAAAGGACCUCUGAGUCAAGCAAUCUUCAAAUUUGCUUAUGACUAUAAGCUCAAGUGGACAAAACGAGGCUACGAGACUCCACUUUUUGAUCGAUUGAUUUUUGGUUCUGCUAAACAAGUUCUUGGAGGUCGUAUUCGACUUAUUUUCUCAGGCGGUGCUCCUCUUACUCCCGAGACUCAUACCCAAGUUAAAAUAUGCCUCUGUGUUAACGUUACUCAAGGAUACGGACUCACAGAAACAUGUUCAUCUGCUACAGUAAUGGAUUAUUACGAUCGGAGUACUGGUAGAGUUGGUGCACCAGUGAUAGGAUGUGAUCUGAGACUGGAAAAUUGGGAAGAAGGAUCUUACAGAGUAACUGACACGCCUUAUCCCAGAGGAGAAAUAAUCGUUGGUGGAGAUAAUGUUUCUCAAGGAUACUAUAAAAUUCCGGAAAAAACUAAAGAAGAUUUCUUCUUUAAAGAUGGAAAACAAUGGUUUAGGACAGGAGAUAUUGGAGAAAUGCACCCAGAUGGUAGCAUGAAAAUUAUUGAUCGUAAAAAAGACUUGGUAAAACUUCAAUUUGGAGAGUAUGUUUCAUUAGGAAAGGUGGAAGCAGAGCUCAAAACAUGUAGAUUAAUUGAAAAUAUUUGUGUAUAUGGAGAUGCUCAUAAAACAUACACUGUUGCGUUAGUAGUACCAAACUUACAACAUCUUCAGGAGAUUGCUGACGACCUUGGAAUCCAGAAUAAGUGCUUGGAAGAGCUCUGUGAAAACCCUGAGGUGGAGAAAGCAGUUUUACAAGAAUUGGUAGAGCACGCGAAAAAAUCUAAACUUCAAAGGUUUGAAAUUCCGGGUGCAGUUAAAUUAUGUGCUGAACAAUGGUCACCGGAUAUGGGUCUGGUCACAGCAGCGUUUAAAGUAAAGAGGAAAGCAGUUCAGGACCGCUACCAGCAUGAAAUAAACAGGAUGUAUGCAUCGUGAUACCACGAAUCUUUUUUAACGGGUAAAAAACUUGAGGAACGAUUAUAAAUGUCAUAAUAUCAAACGAAUAAAAUUAUUUUAAAUUGAAAACAAAGAAAGAAGGGACGUACAUGAGAUCCAGUGAAUAUCAGAAGCUUAUUUAUUUAUUCAAUUUCUUGCUUGAACGCUAAAUACGCAUAGGUUAUUGACGUAAAUAUAUUGAAAACUAUGGAAAGUAAUUCAAUUAUAAGUUUUAUCUUAGCGCACAGUUUAAACGAAGAUACCUCUUCAAGAAACUGAAAUCUAAUCCAUAAAUCAUUUAUGUCUUCCGUCUGAUUAUCAAUUUUUUAUGACAGUAAGGACAAGCUAUAUUCUAAUUUUUUCUCCAUUUAUUGUCUAUUAUGUUGUAAAAGAAAAUAUUGAUAGUUUUUUUUUGCAAAUAGCACAAAGUAAAUUUAUAAUCAUUAUGACAUGUCACAUAACGAUAUUGUAAUAAUUAGUAAUUAUUCUGUAUGAUUAAAUAGUUUUCGUCAAUUUGAAUGAGCUUGUGAUUGACUUUGUAAUGAGAUUUAAGUAUUUAAAUUUAUCAUGAAUGUUUCAUUGUGAUUAUGGAAUUUAUAAUAUACUCCGUGAUAAGCUUUAUUAAAAUGAUAGUAAUGACUAAUGAGAACAAAUGCUUCUCAAUUAGUGUUAAUGUACAGCAUGAUCGAGUGUAGAGUAAUUGAAGCAACAAUUGUAAAUUAGUUUGCUAUGAUAAAUUAUUUGUUAUAUUAUUGAGGAAGAAAAAUUUAUUUAAUUGAGCAUUUAAUUGGUUAUAUUUUGUUAUUUAUAUAAACGCAACACAGAUAUUUGCAUAAUGUAAGAAUUGAUACCACGCUUUUUUAUAAAGCCUCGCCAAUAAUUAGUAAAAGAACGGGAUAUAAUUUUAAAUAUCAAUCUUUAUUGUCCAACAUACUCAAAUCUCGAGUAAGACAUCAGCAUGUUAAUUAUUUGAGUUAUUUUUUUUAGCGUAAGCUAUUGAAAAGCAAGUUUUAUGGAAAUGUUUAUUAUACGUACAUUAAUAUAAAAAACGUAAUUAUAAUCCAGAAAGUACAAAUCGGUUUCUUACACAGAUAUAAACAAAGGAACUAAAAGAGAUUUUAUUUUUCUCGUAAGUUUAUUAAAAAAAAUUGAUUUACGUUGAUGUGGUAUUUUUCGAAUGAAGUAAGUCCACCGAUUGUAAGUGUUCGGUGAUCCAUGUAAAAAUAUAGUUAUGUAUAAAAAAAUAAGUAAUGUAUAAAAUUUUAACAAGAAAUUCUUGUCAAUGUCUAUACAUGUAUUGAUGUAAAAAA